GCGCCCAACGGACCAAGCUGGGGCCGGGAGGUAACUGUUGCAGCCCGCGGGAGCUGGGAGGCGACACCGAGUCUCCAGUCCCGAGAGGUGCCGGAGGGAAGAGGAGGAAGGCAGCCGUCGCGGGCCGGGAGAGAAGUCCCUUCCGCGCCUGUCUUCAGCAGCAUGUCGCGGACUCCGCCGCUCCUCAGUCCGCGCGGCGGAGACCCCGGGCGGCGGUGGUGCCGGGCGCAGCCCUGACGUGCCGGGAACGCUCGAAACGCUGGGGCACUAGAGGGGUCCGCACGGGGGCGUGCUCAAGCCCCGCGGUUACCACCCUCCCCCCUCAUUCCCCGGCCCGGGCCAUGAAGAGGGACGAGCGAGACGUUAAAGCCAUGAGGUCCCCCCAGGCGCCGGACGGGGUCGGCUCGCCCCCCGAGAGUGUGCGGAAUGGCUACGUGAAGAGCUGUGUGAGCCCCUUGCGGCAGGACCCUCCGCGCGGCUUCUUCUUCCACCUCUGCCGCCUCUGCAACGUGGAGCCGCCGUCGCCCUCCCGCCCGCAGCCGCGGCGCGGCUCCCCCUCCGCCGGGGCGCGCCUCUCGCUGGGCGCCCUGGCCGCCUUUGUCCUCGCGUUGCUGCUGCUGCUGCUGCUGCUGCUGGGCGCGGGGCCCGAGAGCUGGGCGUCCGGGGUCGCCGGGCUGCGCACGCUGCUGAGCGUGUGCUCGUACAGCCUUAGUCCCCUCUUCAGCAUCGCCUGUGCCUUCUUCUUCCUCACCUGCUUCCUGACCCGGACCCAGCGGGGGUCCAGUCCCGGUCCCGGCCCCGGCCCCGGCCCUGGCCCGGGCGGCGGCUCCUGGUGGCUGCUGGCGCUGCCCGCUUGCUGUUACCUGGGGGACUUGUUGGCGUGGCCAUGCUGGGCUUGGCCGUGGGGGACCGCGGCCCCGCACCCCAUCCCGGCCCCGGCGCCCGCGAGCAGGCUGGUCCUGGUGCUGAGCUGCGUGGGUCUGCUGACAUUCGCGCGCCCCGGGACGCUCCGGCACCGCAUCGUGGUGCUGCCCUUCGCCAGCUGCGUCUGGUGGGUGUCCUUCGCCAGCCUCGGGGCGCUACCCGCCUUCCUGCGGCCGCUGCUGUCCUGCCUGGUCGGGGCCACCGGCUGCCUGCUGGCCCUGGGCUUGGAUCACUUCUUUCACAUCAGGGAAGCCUCGCCGCAUCCCCGCUGUUGGGCCAGUGGCGCGGAAGACAAAGUGCCUGUGAUCCGACCCCGCAGGAGGUCCAGCUGCGUGUCGCUGGGAGAGACCGCGGCUGCCUCCCAUGGUGGCAGUGGCAAAGUAUUCCGGAGACCCUCGCUGCCCUGCAUCUCCAGGGAGCAGAUGAUUCUUUGGGAUUGGGAUUUAAAGCAGUGGUACAAACCUCAUUACCAGAAUUCUGGAGGUGGAAAUGGAGUUGAUCUUUCAGUGCUAAAUGAGGCUCGCAAUAUGGUGUCAGAUCUUCUGAUUGACCCAAGCCUUCCCCCACAAGUCAUUUCUUCCCUACGGAGUAUCAGUAGCUUGAUGGGUGCUUUCUCAGGUUCCUGUAGGCCGAAGAUUAAUCCUCUUACACCAUUUCCUGGAUUUUACCCCUGCUCUGAAAUAGAGGAUCCAGCUGAGAAAGGAGAUCGAAAACUUCCCAAGGGACUAAGUAGUAGGAAUAGUUUGCCAACUCCACAGUUGAGGAGGAGCUCAGGAACUUCAGGAUUGCUACCUACUGAACAGUCUUCAAGGUGGGAACGCAGUAAUGGCAGAAGGCCUCACCAAGAAUUUGGGAUUCCAAGUCAAGGAUACUAUCUAAAUGGGCCUUUUAGUUCAAAUCUCCUGGCAAUGCCGAAGCAAAGGUCAUCAUCUAUAUCACUGUCUCACCAUGUAGGUCUCAGAAGAGCUGGUGCUUUAUCCAGCCUGAGUCCUGUGAAUUCUCCCAGCCAUGGGCCACUGUCUCCUGGCUCUCUAACUAAUCGGUCACCCGUAGAAUUUCCUGAUACUGCUGAUUUUCUUACUAAGCCAAGUGUUGUUUUACAUAGAUCUCUGGGAAAUGCACCCAGUACACCAGAUUUUUAUCAGUACCUUAGAAAUUCUGAUAGCAAUCUGUGUAACAGCUGUGGACGUCAAAUACUAAAAUACAUUUCAACAUGUGAAUCUGAUGGUACAGACCACCACGGUGGAAAAUCAGGUGAGGAAGACAGCACCAUUUUCUCAAAAGAAUCAUUCAACCUUAUGGAAACUCAACCAGAAGAGGAAGCAGAGAACAGAGUCUGCAGAAAAUUACCUUUGGAAGGUGAUAAUCACCUAACAGAAGAGGCACAGCAACCAAAUAUUGGACAGGAAGCAUUACUGGACCUUAUGUUAGUAGAAGAUUAUGACUCAUUAAUAGAAAAGAUGAGCAACUGGAAUUUUCAAAUUUUUGAGCUUGUAGAAAAAAUGGGAGCAAAAUCAGGAAGGAUUCUCAGUCAGGUUAUGUAUACCUUAUUUCAAGACACUGGUUUAUUGGAAAUAUUUAAAAUCCCCACUCAAGAAUUUAUGAACUAUUUUCAUGCAUUAGAAAAUGGCUAUCGAGACAUUCCAUAUCACAAUCGUAUACAUGCCACAGAUGUCCUACAUGCAGUUUGGUAUCUGACAACACGGCCAAUUCCAGGCUUACAACAGAUCCACAAUGAUCAUGAAACAGGAAAUGAAACAGAUUCUGAUGUUAGACUUACUCCUGGGCAAAUUGCUUAUAUUUCUUCGAAGAGCUGCUCUAUCCCAGAUGAGAGUUAUGGCUGCCUGUCUUCAAACAUUCCAGCAUUAGAAUUGAUGGCUUUGUAUGUGGCAGCUGCCAUGCAUGAUUAUGAUCACCCAGGGAGGACUAAUGCAUUUCUAGUGGCUACAAAUGCACCUCAGGCAGUUUUGUACAAUGACAGAUCUGUUCUGGAAAAUCAUCAUGCUGCAUCAGCUUGGAAUCUGUAUCUUUCUCGCUCAGAAUACAACUUUCUUCUUAAUCUUGAUCAUGUGGAAUUCAAGCGUUUUCGUUUUUUAGUCAUUGAAGCAAUCCUUGCCACAGAUCUUAAAAAGCAUUUUGAUUUCCUUGCUGAAUUUAAUGCCAAGGCCAAUGAUGUAAAUAGUAAUGGCAUAGAAUGGAAUAAUGAAAAUGAUCGCCUCUUAGUCUGCCAAGUGUGCAUCAAAUUAGCAGACAUAAAUGGCCCAGCAAAAGUUCGGGACUUGCAUUUGAAAUGGACAGAAGGGAUCGUCAAUGAAUUUUAUGAACAGGGAGAUGAAGAAGCAAAUCUUGGCCUACCAAUCAGUCCCUUUAUGGAUCGUUCUUCUCCUCAACUAGCAAAACUCCAAGAAUCUUUUAUCACCCACAUUGUGGGUCCCCUGUGUAACUCCUACGAUGCUGCUGGUUUGCUGCCGGGUCAGUGGCUAGAAGCGGAAGAGGAUGAUGAUACUGAAAGUGGUGAUGAUGAAGAUGGUGAAGAAUUAGAUACAGAUCAUGAAGAAAUGGAAGACAAUCUAAAUCCUAAACCACAAAGAAGGAAAGGCAGACGGCGAAUAUUUUGUCAGCUAAUGCACCACCUCACUGAAAACCACAAGAUAUGGAAGGAAAUCAUAGAGGAAGAAGAAAAAUGUAAAGCCGAGGGGAAUAAACUGCAGGUGGAGAAUACCUCCUUACCUCAAGCAGAUGAGAUUCAGGUCAUUGAAGAAGCAGAUGAAGAGGAAGAGCGACAGUUUGAAUAAAAGAACAAUGAUACUAAAGAAGCCUGGAGGGCUGUGCCCAGAGCCAGAAAUCAUUACCUAAAGUUCACUGUGCUGACUUUCAACUGACCAUUCGCCACAUGGACAGGCCUUAAUACUGUGAGAGGAUCCUUGCCUUGUUGGCAGUUUCCCACUCCUAAGCACUUUCACACACGAACUAGAAAAGUAUUCUCAGAUUUAGGCUUCAGUUGACCCAUGUUGCAAAGCCCUUCCUCAAAGCCUUCACGGUGUAUAAAUAUUUUGUCAUAAUGCUGCUUUGCAGGCUAAAUGAGCUCUUAUUUUUCAGUGGGGUGGAGGGGGCUGUAACUAAAAUCUCAAGUGACUUACUUCAGUUUCCAGAGUGGCCAGAACAUUCUGCUUUUAUGAAGACAAGAUUCAUAAUUGUAUUUCC